GCCGAGCGUCCGCACGGAGCGGAGAGGGCUUUGUUGAAGAAGCCCGUGGCUCAUCGCGAGCAGCCAGAUGCUGGUUUGAGACUCGACCCUCCAGGAUGAACCCGGCGUUCCUGCUACUGUGGGCACUGCCCCUGCUGGUCCCCGCCGCCCGCGGCCAGCCCAACUUCAUCCCGGACGAGCCCUGGGUCAACACGUUCCGGCAGGGCUUCAACUUCCAGUGUGCGCACGGCGAGGCGCUGGUGGCCGUCCGGAGCUACUUCAGCGUGGAGCAGGGCUCGGACCGGAUCUGGACCUUCGAGUGCCAGCCCACCCCCCACGGCCUGGGGGAGCUCACCGAAUGCUGGUGGGACGACAUCAACCGGGCCGGCAUGGAAUGGACGUCCACAUGCAGCCGCAACGGGCUGGUGGCAGGGGUCCAGAGCCAGUACUUCGGCUCCGUGCUGGACCGGGAGUGGCAGUUCUACUGCUGCAGAUACAGCCAGAGAUGCCCCUACUCCUGCAUGAAGACGAUGGACGUUCCGCGGUACUACCAGGAGGAGGGGGAGAUGGUCAUCCCAAGCUACGGAUACUUCAUCAGGGGCGCCCAGACCACCUUCAGCGGAGUGCUCAGGGAUCGACAGUGGAAAUACAUCUUGUGCAGGAUGACAGACUUUGACUGCCAGUUUGAAAACCACUAAAGCCCAUGUAUGGCUUUGUGAGAUCAUUCCUAACGUAGCAGUGAAGUUGGUUAAUGUGUGCAUGCAAAAGUGUGUCUAUACAUCUAUACGUCUUUGUCCUAAACAUUACUUUUUAUCUGGGUUUUGUAUUUUAUGUUUGAAUAACUAUGUGCUACAGCAUUAAUGGACAAUGUAAUAAUUUGUGUUACUCUUCUGCGGGUUUAUUAGUAGUACGACGCCAAUAUGCAUCAGUAAUUACCAGUACUUGAAGAAACGUAUAUGGACCUCAUACACUAUAUGCAAAUAAAAUAAAAUUGAUGACAAGCGGCUUUAAAACGUAGCGAUCGGGGGCACUGUGACACAUUCGUUCCCGUGUGUUAAAGAGGAAGCGAACGCAUCGGUCGGGACACGAUCACAGGGCACACACCGGAGACAGCGAGAUUGUUUGAGGAGGACUGUCCAGGACUUCCUGGUGUUCUGCCAACGUAGAGGGUUGUUUUAAGCGGUCGCAGCAGGAAUCCAAAUCACUAGAAAGCCGGAUAGCCUGUGAGCACUCGCCCCAUAUUCCAGGAAGCGUCAGUUAUUCUGUCACACGUAGAGAGGUGAUUAUAGAGACUAGUGAAAUCCAGCUAUGUCCAGCUUGAAAUUCCAGCUACCAGCUGUUUCAAAACAGCGUGAACUGGUCAAGCCAUGUUGAGUAUGGAGCUGGGUGUGAACUGGUCAACUGGCUACCAGCUGUUUCAAAACAUAGCUUGAGCAGGUCAAUCCAUGUUGAGUAUGGAGCUGGUCUAACUGGUGAACCGGCUCCCAGCUGUUUAAAAAAUUUGAGCUGUUUUUUUUUUUUUCAGCAGGGAUAACAUCCAACAGGGCCCAACCAACUGACUUCCUCAUGUUAAGCAAAAGUCCUGAAGCUGAUUCCUCUGUUAUCAUGCUAACCGAAAGUCCUGAAGCUGAUUCCUCUGUUAUCAUGCUAACAAAAGGUCCUGAAGCUAAUUCCUCUGUUAUCAUGUUAACCAAAAGUCCUGAAGCUAAUUCCUCUGUUAUCAUGUUAACCAAAAGUCCUGAAGCUGAAUUCCUCUGUUAUCAUGCUAACCAAAAGUCCUGAAGCUGACGUCCUCUGUUAUCAUGCUAACAAAAGGUCCUGAAGCUAAUUCCUCUGUUAUCAUGCUAACCAAAAGUCCUGAAGCUGAUUCCUCUGUUAUCAUGCUAAACAAAAGUCCUGAAGCGGAUUCCUCUGUUAUCAUGCUAAACAAAAGUCCUGAAGCUGACUUCCUCUGUUAUCAUGCUAAACAAAAGUCCUGAAGCUGAUUCCUCUGCGGUGCCGCAAUGCUCAGGGCCUUAGGCGGACUCCUGCCGGUCCUGUCCCUAAGACUUGCUUCCGCAUGUCGACAGUGUCAGUCAAAAAAAUGAAAACGACACCGUCCGUGGAAUGAGAUCCGUCUAAAUAUCAGAGCGGAAGAGCACGGCCUUCUGGGAGGCAUCCCGUUUCACACCCAGCUGUCGUCGAACUGCCCGCGCCUCUUUGAAGCCAAAUCCCAUCAAAAAGAACUCGCAAAAGGGCACUCCGCACAACCUUAGCAAACUGAUUACGAAUUAAACGCACGACACCACGCUAUGCUUCCAAAAAUAUUACACUCACGCAACACGGCAUCCUGUGCUACUUGCACUCGUGAGGGUGCAGCACAUACCAGGAGAAAUAAAUAGUACACUUGAUAUACACUUAAAUUACACUUUGAGUAUUCUCAACUAUACAAUAGUAUACUUCAGGAUACUAUUUUUUCCACAUGAGACGACACAGGCCACAGCGUUACAGGUCUGAAACAGAGGCAGAGCACUAACAUGCAUGAGCAGUACUCUGGGUAUAUUAAAAGCAUGCUGUAAAAUAAAAUGUGUUGUUCAAUGUGCAAACUGCUAUUCUGAGUAUCCAUCGUUAUUACUGUAUACAAAGAGCAAAAGCUAUGUGUGAUAACAACAGUACAAUACAAUAAAGAAAUUAUUUACUGUA